UCACACAUACUGCUUCCGGGGUAAAUCACAACGUGUUUUCCGGUAUCGUAUACGGUGGAUGCGUGUGUGUGUUUGCAUUGACAGCUGGUAGAUAUGGCGGCCUUCUCCGAAUUGGGAGUUAUGCCUGAGAUUGCCCAGGCGGUAGAGGAGAUGGAUUGGCUCCUCCCCACUGAUAUUCAAGCAGAGUCAAUACCACUGAUUUUAGGCGGUGGAGAUGUGUUAAUGGCUGCAGAAACUGGGAGUGGCAAGACUGGGGCCUUCAGCAUCCCAGUUAUUCAAAUUGUAUAUGAGACGUUGAAAGACCAUAUGGAAGGAAAGAAAGGAAAAGCUACAGUUAAGACCGGCAGUACAGUGCUGAAUAAAUGGCAGAUGAAUCCAUAUGACAGGGGAACAGCUUUUGCAAUUGGAUCAGACGGUCUUUGCUGUCAAAGCAGAGAAAUAAAGGAAUGGCAUGGGUGCCGGUCAACAAGAGGCGUCAGUAAAGGAAAAUAUUAUUAUGAAGUAUCCUGUCAUGACCAAGGAUUGUGCAGAGUUGGUUGGUCCACACUCCAGGCUUCUUUAGAUCUUGGAACUGACAAAUUUGGCUUUGGUUUUGGGGGAACUGGAAAAAAGUCUCACAACAAGCAAUUUGAUAAUUAUGGAGAAGAGUUUACAAUGCAUGACACUGUUGGAUGUUACCUAGAUUUGGAUAAAAGCUGUGUUAAAUUUUCCAAAAAUGGCAAAGACCUUGGCCUUGCAUUUGAGAUCCCUUCACAUCUAAAGAACCAGUCGUUUUUUGCAUCAUGUGUUCUAAAGAAUGCUGAGCUUAAAUUCAACUUUGGAGACGAAGACUUCAAGUUUCCCCCAAAAGAUGGAUUUGUUGCCCUAAGCAAGGCUCCUGAUGGCCACGUGGUAAAAUCUCAGCACAGUGGUAGUGCACAAGUCGCUCAAACUAAGAAUUUACCUAACCUACCAAAAGCUCUGAUUAUUGAACCAUCACGAGAGCUGGCGGAGCAGACACUAAACAAUGUGAAACAGUUCAAAAAAUACGUGGACAACCCAAAACUGAGGGAGCUUUUGAUAAUUGGUGGUGUUGCAGCUAAAGAUCAGUUGUCUAUUCUAGAGAGUGGAGUAGAUAUUGUGGUUGGAACCCCUGGAAGAAUAGAUGACCUUAUAUCAACAGGAAAGUUAAGUCUGUCCCAAGUUCGGUUCCUGGUACUUGAUGAAGCUGAUGGGUUGCUAUCCCAAGGUUAUACUGAUUUCAUCAACCGAAUUCACGGUCAAAUUCCUCAGAUCACAUCAGAUGGAAAGAGGUUGCAGGUGAUUGUGUGCUCUGCUACUCUGCAUUCAUUUGAUGUGAAGAAGCUCUCUGAAAAAAUUAUGCACUUUCCCACUUGGGUGGAUCUUAAAGGUGAAGAUUCUGUCCCUGAAACUGUGCACCAUGUUGUGGUUGUAGUUAACCCCAAGAAAGACAAAUCGUGGGAACGAAUGAGCAAAAAUCAUAUUCGGACUGAUGGAGUUCAUGAUAAAGAUAACACCAGACCUGGCGGAAGCUCUGCAGAAAUGUGUUCAGAGGCGAUAAAGAUCUUGAAAGGGGAAUACAUUGUCCGAGCAAUCAAAGAACACAAAAUGGAUCAAGCAAUUGUAUUCUGCAGGACUAAACUAGACUGUGAUAAUCUGGAGCAGUACUUUAUACAGCAAGGAGGAGGACCUGAUAAGAAAGGACACCAGCUUUCUUGCGUUUGUCUCCAUAGUGACAGAAAACCUCAUGAGAGGAAGCAAAACCUGGAAAGAUUUAAGAAAUCAGAAGUUAGGUUCCUAAUCUGCACAGAUGUGGCUGCUAGAGGUAUUGAUAUUCAUGGAGUCCCAUAUGUCAUUAAUGUUACACUCCCGGAUGAGAAACAGAACUACGUCCAUCGCAUUGGCAGAGUGGGACGAGCAGAAAGAAUGGGGUUGGCAAUCUCUCUAGUGGCAUCUGAGAAAGAAAAGGUUUGGUAUCAUGUGUGCAGCAGCCGUGGGAAGGGUUGUUAUAAUACCAGGCUAAAAGAAGAUGGUGGCUGUACCAUAUGGUACAAUGAGAUGCAGUUACUGUCCGAAAUUGAGGAGCACUUGACAUGCACCAUAUCUCAAGUGGAACCUGAUAUUAAAGUGCCGGCAGAUGAUUUUGAUGGAAAGGUGACAUAUGGACAAAGAAGGGCUACUGGGGGUGGGCUAUAUAAAGGCCAUGUGGAUAUUCUAGCACCUACUGUUCAGGAGCUGUCUUCCUUAGAAAAAGAGGCUCAGACAUCUUUCUUGCACCUUGGGUAUCUGCCCAACCAACUGUUCCGAACCUUCUAAACCUUUUUACUAUUAAUCAAAAACUGUAACAUUUUUGUUGUGGAGAACUUAAAAAUUGUCAAUAUGAAUGCAUCUGCCUGUAGUCUCCAGGAAUAAUUUGUCAAACCUGACAAAUCCUAGUAGUACAACUCCACACUUAUCAAUACUGGUUAACACAAUAAGGCAUUAGUGUUUUUGUUCCCUUUUUGUUGUUGGAAAUAUAAAACAAAUUUAUAUUAAAUCAUCAUUUCAUUUUUGUAAUUUUCUUUCUGCAUGCAGUGAAUAAAACAAUUAAUGCCUACAA